GUUGUGACUGCGGGCCGUAAACAUGGCGGUGAGUCUCCGCGCCCGCUCGCUCCGGCACCUCCGCAUCCGAGGGCGCAACGACAGCGGCGAGGAGAACGUCCCGCUCGAUCUCAGCCGAGAACCCUGUGAUAACAUGAGGGAGAUACUCCAGAAUGUGGCCAAAUUGCAAGGUGUUUCAAAUAUGAGAAAACUAGGCCACUUGAAUAAUUUUACUAAGCUUCUUUGUAAUACUGGGCAUGCUGAAGAAAAAUUAGGCUUUACCUAUGACAGCAUCAUAAUAUGUUUGCGGCUAGCUUUACUAAAUGAAGCAAAAGAGGUGCGAGCAGCAGGGUUGCGAGCCCUCCGCUAUCUCAUCCGGGACUCCAGUAUUCUACAGAAGGUGCUAAAAUUGAAAGUGGAUUACUUGAUAGCCAGGUGCAUUGACAUUCAACAGAGUAAUGAAGUAGAGAGAACGCAAGCACUUCGUUUAGUCAGAAAGAUGAUCACUGUGAAUGCUUCCUUGUUCCCUAGCUCCAUAACUAAUUCCUUGAUAGCAGUUGGAAAUGAUGGCCUUCAGGAAAGAGACAGAAUGGUUCGAGCUUGUAUUGCCAUUAUUUGUGAACUAGCACUUCAGAAUCCAGAGGUGGUGGCUCUUCGGGGAGGACUAAGUACCAUCCUGAAAAAUGUGAUUGACUGUCAGUUAAGUCGAAUAAAUGAGGCUCUCAUAACUACAGUUUUACACCUCAUUAAUCAUCCAAAGACACGACAGUAUGUGCGAGCAGAUGUAGAAUUAGAGCGAAUUUUAGCUCCAUACACAGAUUUCCACUACAGGCACAAUCCAGACACAGCAGAAGGACAGCUUAAAGAAGACAGAGAAGCACGGUUCCUAGCUAGUAAAAUGGGAAUAGUGGCAACGUUUCGAUCAUGGGCUGGUAUUAUCAGUUUAUGCAAGCCUGGGAACUCUGGAAUCCAGUCUCUCAUUGGGGUACUUUGUAUACCAAAUAUGGAAAUACGGCGAGGUCUGCUUGAGGUUCUUUAUGAUAUAUUUCGCCUUCCUCUUCCUGUCGUGACAGAAGAAUUCAUUGAAGCACUUCUCAGUGUAGACCCAGGUCGGUUUCAGGAUUGUUGGAGACUUUCUGAUGGUUUUGUAGCAGCUGAAGCUAAAACUAUAUUACCCCAUCGAGCCAGAUCAAGACCUGACCUCAUGGAUAAUUAUUUGGCUUUGGUGCUUUCUGCUUUCAUUACCAAUGGACUUUUAGAAGGCCUAGUUGAGGUAAUUACAAGCAGUGAUGACCAUGUGUCUGUCAGAGCAACUAUCCUAUUAGGAGAACUUUUGCACAUGGCAAACACAAUUCUUCCUCAUUCACAUAGCCAUCACUUACACUGUUUACCAACGCUAAUGAAUAUGGCAGCAUCUUUUGACAUCAUGAAGGAGAAAAGACUACGAGCCAGUGCAGCACUCAAUUGCUUAAAACGGUUUCAUGAGAUGAAGAAACGAGGACCUAAGCCUUACAGCCUCCACUUAGAUCAUAUUAUUCAGAAAGCAAUCUCAACACACCAAAAAAGGGAUCAGUGCCGUGUGCAGAAAGAUAUCUUUGUUUUAAAGGAUACAGAGGAAGCACUUGUAAUGAACCUUCGUGAUAGCCAAGUUCUUAAUCAUAAAGAGAACCUUGAAUGGAAUUGGAAUCUGAUAGGGACCAUAUUGAAGUGGCCAAAUGUAAAUCUAAGGAACUAUAAAGAUGAACAGUUGCACAGGUUUGUACGACGACUGCUGUAUUUUUACAAGCCUAGCAGUAAAUUGUAUGCCAACCUGGAUCUGGAUUAUGGCAAGGCCAAGCAGCUCACUGUCGUGGGUUGCCAGUUUACUGAAUUUCUCCUUGAAUCUGAAGAGGAUGGUCAAGGCUAUUUGGAGGAAUUGGUAAAAGAUAUUGUACAGUGGCUCAAUUCUUCCUCUGGAAUGAAACCAGAACGCAGUCUUCAAAACAAUGGGCUGUUGAAUACACUUAGUCAGCACUACUUUCUAUUUUUUGGUACACUUUCAUGUCACCCUCAUGGCGUAAAAAUGCUUGAAAAAUGCAAUGUGUUCCAGUGUCUUCUUAAUCUCUGUUCUUUGAAGAACCAGGAUCAUUUACUAAAACUGACCGUGUCUAGUUUGGAUUACAGCAGAGAUGGGUUAGCAAGAGUCAUCCUUUCCAAAAUCCUAACUGCUGCUACUGAUAGCUGCAGAUUGUAUGCAACAAAACAUUUACGAGUAUUGUUAAGAGCCAACGUAGAGUUCUUCAGUAAUUGGGGGAUUGAAUUACUGGUGACCCAGCUGCAUGAUAAAAAUAAAACCAUUUCUUCUGAAGCACUUGAUAUCCUAGAUGAGGCAUGUGAAGAUAAGGCCAAUCUUCAUGCCCUUAUCCAAAUGAAACCAGCUCUCUCCCAUCUUGGAGACAAGGGUUUACUUCUCCUUUUAAGAUUUCUGUCCAUUCCAAAGGGGUUUUCCUAUCUAAAUGAAAGAGGCUAUGUAACAAAACAAAUGGAGAAAUGGCAAAAGGAGUACAAUUUAAAAUACGUUGAAUUGAUUGAAGAACAACUUAAUGAAGCACUUACCACUUAUCGUAAACCUGUUGAUGGUGAUAAUUAUGUUCGUCGGAGCAACCAAAGAUUACAGCGGCCACAUGUCUACCUGCCAGUUCACCUUUAUGGCCAACUGGUGCAUCACAAAACAGGCUGCCACUUGUUGGAAGUUCAGAGUGUUGUCCCAGAUCUAAGUUACACUGUUCGUUCGCCCAUGUUGGAUAAGUGGGAAGGAAUUAAGCAGCUGAAAGCGGCCCUUUGGGCUUUGGGCAAUAUUGGAUCAUCAAAUUGGGGUCUUAAUUUGCUUCAAGAGGAGAAUGUGAUUCCUGAUAUAAUGGCCCUUGCACAGCAUUGUGAGGUUCUGUCCAUUAGGGGAACCUGUCUCUACGUGCUUGGCCUUAUAGCCAAAACUAAACAAGGUUGUGACAUUUUAAAGCAUCACAACUGGGAUGCAGUGAGACACAGUCGGAGACAACCUUGGCCAGUAGUCCCUGAUGACUUGGAGCAGCUCUGCAAUGAACUCUCUUCUAUACCCAGCACUCUUAGCUUGAACUCUGAGUCCACCAGUUCUAGGCAUAACAGUGAAAGUGAAUCUGCACCCUCAAGUAUGUUCAUCAUGGAGGAUGACCGGUUUGGCAGUACUUCCACUAGCACAUUUUUUCUAGACAUUACAGAGGAUGCAGAACAAACUUUUUAUGACAAACCUGGACCUUUAAAGGAUAACAAUCGUAGUCCUUUUCCCUUUUUUGCAUCGAGCAAGUUUGUGAAGAACCGCAUCUUAAAUUCACUUACCCUGCCUAAUAAAAAACACAGAAGUAGCAGUGAUCCCAAAGUGUGCAAACUGGCAUCAUCUGACAGUAAAUCAGGCUUGAGAAGAAACCGUACAGUAACAGAACCUUCUAGCAGCAUGGACUUCACUUCUGGGGAUGUUUUCAGAGUUCCUAAAAUCCAAACUUCACGCUUAGAAACGUCUUUUGCUGGGAGCAAGCACAUGGAAGAUGCAGGUAGUACCCCAAGUAUUGGAGAAAAUGAUCUGAAGCUUCCAAAAGGUCUUGGAAAUGAAAAUCACAGGGAAAACGCAAGCAGAGAGAGACUAAUAGGAGAUGGUUCUACACAAACACACUUUAAGAGUCGUAGCUUAAGUUUUAAUACAGAUACCACAACAAGUGGCAUAAGCUCAAUGAGCUCGAGUCCUUCAAGGGAGACUGUGGGUGUGGACACUACAAACGUAGACACUGACUAUGGAAGUUUGAGUACUGUGGUAAGUACAAAAACAGUUAAACCAAGUCACUGUUCAACACCACAGUCUAACCACCUGCCUCUUUCAAAAUCAAACUCUGUAUCCCUGGUACCACCAGGAUUUUCUCACACCCUUCCUCGAAGGGCUCAGUCCCUUAAAGCUCCUUCCCUUGCUACAAUAAAAAGUCUUGCUGACUAUAACUUUAGCUACACAAGUUCUCGAGAUGCCUUUGGCUAUGCCACACUGAAACGCUUACAGCAACAGAGGAUGCACCCCUCGCUGUCCCAUUCAGAAGCCCUAGCAUCUCCAGCAAAGGAUGUGCUAUUCACUGACACUAUUACCAUGAAGUCUGGCAGCUUGGAUUCUCGGCUAACCCCAAGCAGGUUCAUGAAAGCUUUAAGUUAUGCUUCACUAGAUAAAGAAGAUUUAUUGAGUCCUAUUAACCAAAACACACUGCAGCGUUCCUCUUCUGUUCGCUCCAUGGUAUCUAAUGCUACAUAUGGUAGCUUUGAUGAUUACAUUGGGCUUGCUCUCCCAGUGGAUAUCAAUGAAAUAUUUCAGGUAAAAGAAACUCCUUAUUUCCAAAAGAAAACCAUGCCUCCAUUUGAUGAUCGUGGAACUAGAGUCUUUUCACCUGAAGCAGGAGGUCUCCCUUCUGGUACUACUGAUGUUGUCAAAAGCCCUUUUCAAAUGCUUCGACAACAGAUCAGCCUCACAGAAAUAAUGAAUACAAGCCGUUCAGAUGCCUCUCAGUUUUUAGAAAAUACAGAAGACACUGGGCUACAAGAGCACACAGAUGAGAACUGCCUUUAUUGUGUCUGUGUACAGAUACUGGGAUACCAGUCUGAUAACAGAGUGAACUCUUCAUAUACUCAUACAGAUUUUUCAGACAUUCCAUAUCCUGAUUGGUGUGGACAGACCAUCCAUAAUCACUUAGAUGUGGUUUCUCAUUCCUCAAAGUUUUCUGGGAUUUCAGGCUGUAGUGAUGCAGUAUCCCAUGGUUCAGCUAGUAGCACCAAGAGUACAGAUCUUGUACUAGGGGUCAAAGCUAUCCCAGAUGAUACACCAGUGUGCCGUAUACUGUUGCGGAAAGAAGUCUUACGUUUAGUAAUCAAUUUGAGCAGUUCUGUGGGAACAAAAGGCCAUGAGACUGGGCUCCUGACCAUUAAGGAGAAAUACCCCCAAGCAUUUGAUGAUAUAUGCCUUUACUCAGAGGUGUCCUACUUGCUAGCACACUGCACAUUUCGCUUACCAUCUCGAAGAUUCAUACAGGAAUUAUUUCAAGAUGUACAGUUUUUACAAAUGCAUGAAGAAGCAGAGGCUGUUCUAGCAACACCGUCAAAACAACCAAUAAUUGAUACAUCAGCUGAAUCCUGACCUCAGUUUUGUUUGUUGUGCAGUGUAUGAACUUGUUAAAAGCCUCAGAUGACUUCUGAUUGACCGUACAGCAGAGAUUAGGAGGAUCAUCUUCUAGACUGUUCCAGAAGUCACUGAUACAUGAAGAGUGAACGAAAGAUAUUUUUUCUCAACAAAUUACUGCCCCUUUCCUCUGAGCCCUUUGGGGAAUCGAUAACAUUACCAUAGUUUUAAUAAUAGUAAUUACCAAUAUAUGCAAGAGCCAAGCACUGAACACCUGCCACAGAUUUUCAUUUUCUUUUUUAACAUGACAUUUAAACAUAGGACAGUCUGCAGAAACAUCUUUUACAUGGUUGACUUGGAAUUCUGUUCCAGGUAAGCAGAUUGAUGCCUUGCAUUUUAACCCUUGGACACCAGACAUCAGGGUAACACGAAGCUCCUUUCCAUUUUCAACAAUGGAAGCAUGCUAUUACCGUGGAAACCAGGGGAUUAAUUUUGGCCCGUCUGUGUUAGUUUUCUUAAUGUUUGUAACACUACUUGGGGGAUUUAUAAUCUCAGACAGAAAGGAAAGCCUCUAUGAAUCUGGGGUUUUCUCAUAAGUUAUUUUAAUGUCACUAUAGUUGCAAGAGUUCUUAUUUUAUUAGCAGUCUCUCCAGUUUUGUUGCAUUUACUUAUAUGAUGUUAUCUGAAUGAGGUAAGGAUUUUCACUACAGUUUGAUUUGAAAAUGAGAAAUACUUUAGGUUUAAAUCAACUAAAAUCUGAUUGUUUUCCCUGACCAUUAUGCAUGUAUUCUUUGGAGUUUCUACACUCAUGUUCAUGUAGAAUGAACGUUGGUCUUAUUCCUAAAUGAUAAUCUCUAACCAGUAUGAUUUGUGUCAGAUGGGGUGAAUACUGUAUCAAAUAACUUGAAUACAUUUGAUCAUUGCUGCUUUUGAGGGAAGACUUAGUAAAUAGGCAGUUUCCACUUUCCAUGGCAGCAGGGUGUUUUUCUAAAAUGAAGAUUUGCUUGAAUUUUCAGUGUAUGACUGGUCAGUCAGUAGAUAAUGCUAAUAAUUGUAGUGAAAAGCCUUAAAUACCAAAUUUUCAAGCAGCAGUACUUUAAUUUUCUAUUGAUAGUCUUUAGAUCUUUUGCACAACUUUUGUGAUACAGUGACUGUUAAUAUGUACAGUAAUUGCCUUCACCCUGUUACUAGUGAGGUUGCUAACUUUGAGCGCAAGAUGAAAAAAGAAAAACCCCAGUCUUCUCAUGCAUCUAGAGACUUGAAGUCUUUUUAGCAAUUAAAUACAAAUAUAUGCAAAAUUGUAUAUAUCGUAGCAUUGCCACCUGUAUUGGAAAGCAUGUAAUGGAAAGGGUUACCCUUUGAUCUUCAGAAGGGUGAGCCAUUCAGCAGAACAGUACUAGGUAGAAGACCAUUUUUAUCCAUUUUGAAAUCAUGCCAGAUUACUGUUUUAGGUGUGAGAGAAUUUAUUCAAAUGGCAUUGCCACAUCUUAACUUAUUAUCUGUGCUAUUGAAAAUUUCAACAGGUAGCACUCUAAACUAGUAACAGCAAAAGACAGUUCCUGGUGAAAUGUAGAAUUCAAUUGCUCUUACUGGAAAUUCAUCACGUGGGUGAAACAUUUUCAUCUUGCUUUGUAGAAUUUGCUUCACUGUGUCAUGGUGUGCACUUCAUACCAACAUGUUACAGUACAGUAGUUACAGUGCUAUCAACUUCAGUUCAGAAUCAGAUCUAGUUCUGUGAGCUUUUCACAUGUUCCCACUGAAGGAAAAGCAGAAAAAAAUAACUUUGUUGCCAUCAGUGACACAACUAACAAUGUGUAUACAAGACAAUUUGAUAACACCUUGAAAAUAACACCUACCAAUAACUAUUUGGAUUGCUUUGGUCUUAAGAAAUAAACAUUUCUGCAAAACCAAAAUGUCAACCACAGUAGACCAAAUAGUGGUAUAAACUCCAAAGGAAAUAAUAUAGUAUUCCCACCAAAAAAUGGGAUUAGCAUAUCUUAUACAGUAGUUUAAAACACUACCUCAGUUAGGAUAGAGUAUAAGAUAUUUGAGUUAACUCUAGAUGGGGUUACAUCAAAUAACUCCAUGUUUAUUUUUCUGCAGUUAAGGCAAAAUAGAUGAUUUUUAUCACCUGUAUUUAAAAAAAAUCUGUCACCAGUUUUAUCUAUAGCACUUAGUGUAAAAUGUUAGAAAGGCCUCUUUUUCCCUAAA